AUGUCAGCGAUGAUGGCGGCAGGUACAUCUGGACCAACACCAGUGACCCAGUUCGCAUCCGUUCCCAGUGCGCCUCAGCAACGCGGUCACUCACGUCAACCCAGUUCAACCGCGAGGUCACCUGGCCAACCGCCGCAACAACAUCAACAACAGCAACAGCAAUAUCAACAACCACAGCAACAGCCCGCUCAGUCCCAGGGCGGCGAAUCAUCAACACGACGAGAAGGCGGCGGCAGGGCGCGGAGUAAUAGCCAAGCCCCACCGCAAAAUGGGGCAGGAGGUAGCAGUAGUGCCCAGCAGGAAGCUUAUGCAAGAGUCGCUUCGCAGCAACCAAAGAUGCCCGCAGGAUCGGCGAACCAGCGAGUGCACGCACCAAGGCCCCCACCGAUAGCAACUUCGGCUACUGGUGGCGCACCCGGUCCGGGAGCAUCGGCGUCAUCUAGAACACGCCAGGCCGAGCCAUCGAGACAACCGGAACAAGCACGUGCGCAGGCCCAAUCCGGGGCGCAAGCUCAACCCCAAUCUCAACGUCAUGCCCAGUCUCAGCAGCAAGGCCAACAGGCAGGUUCGUCGAGUCGUCCUGCGACCAGUGCUGCGCCAGGCCUGGCAACUGCUCCUGGAGCCCCUUCAAGUUCCACGAGUCGUCAGCCAGGCCAAACCGUAACAAGUAGUUUCCCCCAUGCUUUUGAGCGAUGGGAGAGACUAUCUUCUCGAUGGGAGGGAUUGACCGGCUACUGGAUCUCACGUCUUGAACACAAUCGCGAGGAGUUGAAGAACCUGCCGCUUGAGCAAGAAAUGGCGCGUCAGAUUAGCGAUUUGUCAACCGCAGGUGCCAACCUUUUCCAGGCUGUUGUAGAACUUCAGCGUCUUCGCGCUUCAUCGGAACGUAAGUUCCAGCGCUGGUUCUUUGAUACAAAGUCUGAUCAAGAACGGGCAAAGGAAAUGAGCAGUGAGCUUGAGCGCUCUCUGCGAGUCGAGCGACAAAAGCGGGCAGAUGCAGUUACUAACAUUCAAAAACUGGAGAAGGAAAAGGCGACAGCUGAGAAGCUUGUUGAAGAGAUGCGUCGGGAACUGCAAAUUUCAAGAGAGGAAUGUAGACGUGCCUGGGAAGAACUUGGUAGGCGGGAACAAGAAGAACGGGAAAGAACCAAUAGUUUGAGAGAAGGACACCCGACUCUCGUUGGUGGCGUUCAGGUGCUUCCAAUGCCCAUGCCGGGAAUGCCAAUGCCUACUCGUAGCGGAAGCGGUGCGAGACCCAGAACCUCUUCGAGUUCCCAUGCAGGUGGAUCUGCACAACCAGAUGCUCAGCCCUAUCAAGAGCAUUACGAUUACUAUGGUAGUAGCCCUGUACAGAGUGACCUUGGUCGAAGUGAUCUUGGCCGGAGUGAUCUUGGCCGGAGUGAUGUUGGUAGGAGUGAUGUUAGUGCUGGGUUACACCAUGAGCCUGCUUCGCCCGCACAUGCCCAACACACAUCAACAGCGGCAGCUACUGCUCCCUCGUCUGGUGUUGCCGACCAACUCAACAUUCAUCCUGACCCAACACGUACCUUCUCGCCCGAGUCCGGCUCAUACGUGACCAACGGUUCCGGCGUUCGAUCACGCCACUCUGGCUCGGUAACCAUCUCCGAUACCUCUGACGUUGGCUUUAACGACACCAGCGGGGCGUGGGAGUUAGACGCGCAAGGCCAAGUCCUCCUUGAUGAAACAGGCAAUCCUGUGCGGCAGUAUGAGCGUCGUGAGCCCUCGCGCGCCGAAUUGGAAGAUGAAGAUGAGGAAGAACUAUCGUGGAACAGAAUGCCAAACUAUGAUGGCGCGGCAUAUUCUGACAAUGGUGGUGGAGGAGUUCCGGUAGGAUAUGGCCCAGGAUGGGAGACAAUUCCACGGGCACCACAUCACCACCCGACGAGAUUGAGUGAUGUGCCAGAGGAGGAGGAGGAAAGAAGGACACUGAUGGGAAGUGAAGGGGGGAGAAUGAGUCGGUGA